CAAGAACUUGCAAUUUGCCGCAGCCAUGGCUCGCCGCGUGAAGGCGUUUGACCAGGACGCUCCGGCCAACUAUGUUGCCGGUCUCGGUCGAGGGGCGGUUGGGUUCACCACCCGAUCGGAUAUUGGUCCUGCCAGGUCGGAUGACCCCACGGACAUCACGGCGGGCAUCCCCGGCAUGGGCCGUGGCCGAGGCAUCCCACUUCAGCAACCAGUCCCUGUAAUGAUGAUUCCUCCUGGCGGACGCGGCUCCGGUACGGCAGGGGUUGGUGGAUUUGGCCGUGAAGUCGAUGCGACUGGAGAUCGCGGUGAUUACAGUGAAUUCGACGAGUUCUCUGGGUAUUCUGGCGCGGGCUUGUUCAACGAUACACCUUACGACAAGGACGAUGCCGAAGCUGACGACAUCUACGCCCAAGUAGACGAGCACAUGGACAACCGACGCAAGCGACGUCGGGAGCUCAAGCAAUUGGAAGACAUGAAGAAAGCGCGGCGGGAGCGGCCCAAGAUUUCCGACCAGUUCGCCGAUCUCAAAACGAGUUUGAAGUCGGUCAGUGAUGCUGAAUGGGAAGCCAUCCCAGAUAUCGGGGAUCAUUCGUUGAGGUACAAGGCGUCGCAGAAGAAGAGCGAUAUAUUCACUCCUGUUCCCGACCACAUUUUGGACACGCGCGCAUCCAACACGGCGUCGAAUUCAGUCGUUCUCGGCAGUGAAACACCGUUCUCUAGUGGCACGGCCACCUCCAUCAGCGGAAUGACGUCGUCGUUGACAGGACUGGCCGAGGCUCGUGGCGCCGUCCUUUCGCUGAAGCUCGACAAGAUGUCCGAUUCAAUUUCCGGCCAGACGGUCGUCGACCCGAAGGGGUACAUGACCGAGCUCAACAGUCUCAAGAUCACAAGCGAUGCCGAAGUGGGCGACAUCAAGAAAGCUCGCCUUCUCUUGCGCAGUGUCACGAUGACCAAUCCCAAGCACGCGCCUGGGUGGAUCGCCGCCGCUCGUCUCGAAGAAGUCGCCGGGAAGCUUGUCCAGGCGCGUAAAGUUAUUGCAGAAGGGUGUGAGUCGUGCCCAACCAACGAAGACGUGUGGCUCGAAGCGGCGCGGCUGCAAACGCCAGAAAACGCCCGGACAAUUCUUGCCAAUGCUGUGCGCCACGUCCCGACCUCGGUGAAAGUAUGGCUCCAGGCCGCGAAACUCGAACCGAACGAUGAGUCUACGAAACUGGUACUUCGCCGCGCCCUCGAGUUUAUUCCCAACGCAGUCGCCAUUUGGAAAGCCGUGAUCGAGCUCGAAGAUGUCAACGGAGCUCGUCUGAUGCUGGGGCGAGCGGUCGAGUGUGUGCCGCAGUCCGUCGACAUGUGGCUCGCUCUGGCGCGACUCGAAACUUACGAACGUGCCAAACAAAUUCUAAACAAAGCUGGGUCCACGAUUCCGACCGACCACACGAUUUGGAUUGCCGCCGCCAAAUUGGAAGAAGCGAACGGCCAAGACGCCAACGUUGAAAAGAUCAUCGUCCUCGCAAUGAAGCGGCUUCGCAAGUACCAAGUUAUGAUCGAUCGAGACACGUGGCUUAAGGAAGCGGAAGCGUGUGAAAUGGCGCAGGCGCCGCUGACGUGUGCCGCGCUCGUGAAGCAUUCGCUGGCGCUAGGUGUGGACCCAGAGGACCAAAAACGAACGUGGAUGGACGAUGCAGAAACUAGUGCUGGUCGGGGGGCGUUUGUGACGGCGAAAGCCAUUUACAACCACGCGCUCGAAGUGUUUCCAACUAAGAAAUCGAUCUGGCUUCGUGCUGUGGCCCUCGAGAAGCAGCAAAAUGGUCCACGAGUCAUGGAGUUGCUUCAAAACGCGGUGCAAAACUGCCCGAAAGCUGAAAUUCUGUGGCUCAUGGCAGCCAAGGAAGCAUGGGUCGGCGGCAGCGUCGAGGAAGCACGAUCGAUCUUGCGUCAAGCCUUCAGUGCCAACCCGAACAGCGAAGAAAUAUGGCUUGCUGCUGUCAAACUUGAAUGGGAAAAUGAUGAAAUCGAACGAGCGCGGGCGUUAUUGGCCAAAGCUCGAUCCCAGGCGCCGACCGCGCGGGUAUGGAUGAAGUCGGUUCUUCUAGAGCGUGAAGCUCGAACCCAGGGCGACCAAGACUCGAAGGCCCGAGAGGAAGCGCUGCUCACGGAAGGGCGCACUCGUUACCCGACAUUUGAGAAACUGCAUAUGAUGACCGGUCAGUUCUACGAAGACAUGGGCGAUCUCUAUGGCGCGCGAAAGUAUCUGCGCGAAGGCUUGGUUGCGUGCCCCAAAAGCAUUCCUCUAUGGAAGCAGCUCACGCUGCUGGAAGAAAAGUCCAAGGGCGAAAUGAAGGCUCGAUCGGUGCUCGAAAGCGGUCGGUUGAAGAAUCCCAAGAACCCAGAGCUGUGGCUCGAAGCGAUCCGCCUCGAGGCUCGCCAUCACAACGACAAGGGCCAAGAGAACUUGAUGGCCAAAGCGUUGCAGGAGUGCCCUGAUGCAGGCAUUUUGCUCGCCGAGUCCAUCGACAUCGCUCCGCGUACGCAGCAACGCCGUGUGUCUUUGACGGCGCUCAAGAAAAAGGACAACGACCCUGCCGUGUGUUUGUCCGUGUCGAAAUUGUUUUGGAACGAGCGCAAGUAUUCGAAAGCGCGCAAGUGGCUGGAACGCACAGUCCAGUUGAACCCCGACUUUGGCGACGGAUGGGCAUACUACUAUGCAUUUGAACUCAAGCACGGCAACGAGUUGCAACGCGAAGACAUUUUGAAUCGCUGCAUCAAGGCUGAACCACGACACGGCGACCUCUGGUGUGCCAUCUCCAAGCAGACGCUCAAUCGCAAGAAGAAGACAGGCGAGGUACUCAAACUUGUCGUAGCCUCGCUGCCUGUCAUGAACGUUGGCGAAGUAUUGACCACAUAAAGCUAAAUACCAACGCGUCAACGCAUGGUAGUGCCA